UUUCAACAAAUAUAUUAACUUUCAGGUCCUACUGAUCUGCAUCCUUUGUGUGCCAAUCAUGUCGGAAUUGUUAAUACAUAAAUGAAAGUAUUUAGUGUAAUUGAUCACAGCGUAUCUCAUAACACAAUUCUAGUUCCUUGUUUUGGAUUUUGCACAACCACUUGGCCCCGAAGCGUCAUUUCACAACUUUCUCAUGCACGUGUCCUCUCCGCGCCUCUAGGGGGCGCCUCGGGUGAAUAAAUGAUAAAUAGCUGCUUUUUAUCCUCGUUUCUCGCUGUCCUGAAGAUACGCAGGAUCUAACUAACUUUUAUUUCGCGUAGAAGACCCACUCUUAACAUAUUCAAGACAUGAAGCUCAUCUCUCUGUUUAUCUUCAUAACUUGGUUGGCGGAUGCAGAGCUGAAAACGACAAAAGUGUCGGGGACGACAUGCACUUUCAAAGACAAGAUCUUCAGUCCCGGAGACAGCUGGCAUCCCUACCUCGAGCCCUUUGGCUUCAUGUUCUGUAUGCGCUGCAUGUGCACGGAGGCGGGCUAUGUGAAAUGUAACACAAUCAGGUGUCCUGCGUUGACUUGUGAGAAUUCAGUGACCGAGCCGCAGCAGUGCUGCCCCCGCUGCCCAGACGAGCCCCGGGUCCCUGCAGGACUCCGAGCCUCGGUGAAGACCUGUCGGUACAACGGGAGUGUUUACCAACCAGGGGAGUCGUUCACCAAACACGACCUGUUCCCGUCCAGGCAGACCAACCAGUGCGUCAUGUGCACGUGCUCGAAUGGGAACAUCUUCUGCGCACUGAAGACCUGCCAGUCCCUGAGCUGUUCCUCCCCCGUCCCCCUGCCAGACACCUGCUGCAUGGUCUGCAGAGAUCAGCUGACCAGCGGCUCCUCGUCCACAGAGGACGGAAACCAACAGCUGAACCGGGGCGUUAGACACUCUGUGGACCAGUGCUCUGAGGAGCCACUGGGGAGGGACCGGUCGGGGGUCCUUGGGGCCACCUUGUCCUCUCUGAAGAGCAGCCCCAGGUCGGGGCCCUGGGGCCUGGGGCUGGGCAAGCUCAACCUGAAGGGAGCCGCGGACACAACCGUCAGGAUCUUCUUACAGAAGAAGCAGCAGAAAGCGUGUUCGUACAACAGUAAGACGUACUCCCACGGGGAGACAUGGCACCCUGUCCUGGGACGCGUCCUGGAGUGCAUCCUGUGCUCGUGCAGCGACGGCCUGCAGGACUGCCGACGCAUCACCUGUCCCAACCAGUACCCCUGCAAACGACCCACCAAGUCAGCGGGGAAAUGCUGUAAGACCUGCCCAGAGCUUCGGGCCGAGACGAACCAGAGCAAGUGUCACCAUGGUUACCGAAACAACGUCCUCGUCUACAAGGUGGAACCCGCAAGAAACGACUCAGACGACAUCAGAACCAUCGCCAUCGAAAAGUUGGGGCUGACGGAGGUGGAACUCCAAACCUGGAAGACCGUGGGAGAGGAUUUACAGUUGUUGGAAAUCGCAGAAGUGGAACGUAGAAACGUCACGGAUCACCCUGAAAGCUACACAUUGCUCGCUACGGUCGCUGAAGACACCUGGAAAAAGUUUAAGGGGGAGAAUAUCGGUGACAAUUCUCAAACGACGGUUUGCGAUGACGGCAUCAGGGAGAUAGUCAAUUAUUUAAACCCCAAGCACACUGAAGACAUGUGUUCACCUUAAACACACAAUGUCCCGCGGAGAUACAGUUAGAUCCCAGUUAAAGCAGGAUCAUCGCAAAUAUACCAUAGACUUCUGCCACAAAACAAUGCACAAAACAAUAUUUAUAGAAAGAGCUUUUUUUUAAUAGUUGUUUUACUUUUGCUAUUGUACAUCAUAAGGUAGAACUGUUUAUAAAAAUAGUUUUUCCAUGCAUACUGCAACAAACAAUAUAC